UGGAGGGCCUCUAGCCACAACUGUGUGUCACACAACACCUUUAUGUCAUUGACACGACUCCUCCUGUCAUAUAUGAAGUAUAUGGCACACGAUAUGAUGAGAUGACCUAUCUGAUCACUACUAAGUACAAUGCUAGUGACCCUCACUCAGACAUAAAAAGUGCAUGGAUCUGCUUGGGGCGCACUGUUCUCAACUGUGACAUUCUGGGAUGGUUAGAGGCAGAUACAGAAAGCAAAACUGAGGGCCCAGCUAGCAUUACCAAUCAGAUAAUAAAUGGUGUUCCUGUCUGGAUCAGGAUAAGAGUGCAGAACUAUGUGGAGCUGCAGGCCUUGGGUCAUGCAGACAACCCCAUCAUUGUGGACAUCACUCCUCCUCUUGUUGGCAAAGUGUAUGAUGGACCACUGACCAGACAUGACCUCAGUUACAGCAAGGACAGCAACAUGUAUUGUGCAAACUGGUAUAACUUCACUGACCCUGAGUCAGGCAUUGGUUUCUACAUGGGGGCUGUGACAUCAGCCAGUGGCAAGUUACUGACAGAGCUAGAAGUUCUGGACCGCCGCCAGUCCAUGCAGUGCAUUCAGUUCAGCAACCCUUCUCUGAAGCACAACACCUCAUAUCACUUUAUGCUGGUGGCCUUCAAUGGGGGACAUAAACAGCUCAAUGUGACAAGCAUUUCAGAUGGAGUUCUUGUGGACCUUACACCACCUAAAGAAGGUAAAGUUAUUGAUGGUCUCUCAGAGAACUUUGAGGACCUUCACUUCAGUGUGCACAAGUCCACAGUAGCAGCUCGCUGGCAGGGUUUCAGCGAUUCAGAAUCAGGCAUCAUGCAGUAUGAAGUGCAGAUUGAACGAGCUGAGAAUCUCACAACAAACUUCCAGGUUCUUCAAGAGUGGGAGAAUGUAAAUCUAGACACAACAUUUGAGAAACACAGGUUCAGCCUUAGACACAGGGAUGUUGUCAGGACUAAGCUGAGGGUCAGCAAUGGUGCUCUCAACACUAUUACUUCUGAGACAGACUCCUUCAUCAUAGACCUGACUCCACCAGAACUUUACAGCUUAUGGGAUGGACUAGGAAGUUCAGAUAUUGAAUACCAGUCUGACAUCACCAGCCUCUCAGCCAAAUUUGAAUUUCAUGAUGAUGAAUCUGGCAUUGACUACUACAAGUAUCAGGUCUACCAGACAAUGCAUGGACACCAUGCACAAAUAAUUCCAGCAACAAAAAAUGAUUGGAAUCGCCUACCAUCUGGACCAAGGAAUAGUCUGACAGUGAAUGGCCUUACAUUAACCAGUGGUUUGCGGUACUCCAUUCGCAUGGCUGCUGUCAACUCUGCAGGAUCUGUCACCACCUACGAUACAAAUGGUGUUCUGGUCGACAACACUCCUCCCACUAUGGAGAGGGUGCAUGUUGGUGUUCUUUCCACCGAAGAUGAGAUAGAUUUAGAUGGCUAUGUUCUUCAGAGUGACCAGUCUGACAUCAAGGCUAACUGGCUGGCCACUGACCAUGAGAGUGGAAUUGAUCAUUAUGAGGUGGCUGUGGGCACCAGUCCAGGUGCCACUGAUGUGCUGGAUUGGCGGAAUGUGGGUAAAGAGCAGGACAGAUAUAUCUCAGGAUUGAACCUCCAACUCACAGACAACAACACUGACAUUCCCUUGUAUUACGUCACUGUCAGAGCUUACAAUGGUGCAGGGGAUGUCAGUCCGUCACUAAUUUCAAAGAAGAUCAAAGUACUUCAAGAGGACAAAGCAGGUGUAGUAGUUGAUGGUGGGCUGGACACUGUUCUCUUGAGCAGUGCGGGCCAGAACGAUGAGGACUAUCAGAGUAACAUGUGGAGUGUCACAGCACAGUUCCGCGGCUUCUCAAGUCACCUACAUGGUCUUACGCACUUUGACUGGGCUGUAGGUUCAAGUCCUGGUGCUGAAGAUGUGCUGCCUCUGAUGGCCAUGGGUAUUGUGCAUGAUGAGGAAGAGGACCAAACACCUGGCAUGGGAAUAGCCAGUCGAGGCAUUGCUCAUGCUGUGCUGCCCUUGGAACCAGGCAAGAAAUACUACACAACUGUACGUGCUCUCAACAACAAUGGUCAGGCUGUGCAGUCAACAUCAGAUGGCUUCACUGUUGACAGAGAGAAACCCAAGCUUGGACUCAUCAGCCUGUCAUCUGAAACAAACACAAGUGCACUUCAGAUGCCAGAGAAAGUUUUCUACCAGCAGGAGCCAGAUGCACUCACGGCUAGGUGGACAUUUGGUGAUGCAGACAGUAUUGUGAAAAAACUUCAUUUUUCUGUUGGCUCUUACCCUGGUGCCUCUGACAUCAAGUCAGUCACAGAGGUGACUGUAACUGAAACUGGGGAAGCUGCUUUACCCUCCAGACGAAUUGACUUGAAGACAGAUGGUCAUCCCAGUAUAUUGACACUUUGGGCAGAGGAUUCUGUUGGACUCAAAACUCAGCUUAUCUCUCCCACUGUUGUAGUGGACACUAGCCCUCCGGAUCAAGGCACAGUUGUGUGCCCUUCUUUCAUCCAGACUCAUUCGCAAGUGGAGUGCACAUGGGCAGGUUUUGAGGAUUUGCAAUCUCCAAUAACCUCUUUCACUUUCUACAUGGGCACACAACCUGGUCUAGAUGAUGUUAUUGCACCUGUGAUCAUGGAGGGACAUGUGACCAGCUACACUGUAUCUGGUCUGAAGGACAUUGUGGAGCACCAGACCAAGGUAUACGCUACAGUUGUUGCUAAAAAUGCUAUUGGUCUGACGACAAUGGCACAGUCACGUCCUAUCUCCAUGGAUACAAGUCCUCCUCUUGCAGGCUUUGUGGUAGAACUUAAUGAUGCAUACAUUAUCAUUGCUGAUAAUGCUACAGCUACCAGCCUGGCCAAUGUUUUCACUUGCAAUAGCCAAGAUGAGUGCAAGACAAUUGACGUAGUGUGUCAAAAAUCACUGACUAGUGUUUUAGUUGCCUGGUCACCCUUUGAAGACCCAGAAACUGGAAUUAGCAAAUAUGAAGUUGCAAUUGGGUAUACACCUGGUGGUGGUCAGAUCAAAGAAUUUCACGAGGUGCCCAGUGGUGUUCGGUAUCAGUUGGUCAGUGGACUUGACCUCUAUGGUCAAAGAAAGUGAAAGCAGUUUUGGGGUCAGGGAAAACAGCAAUGGCAUCAUCCAAUGGCUUCUCCAUUGAUCAGACACCACCCAUAUUUGACCAGACACUAUUUCUGUACAUGGAUGCUGCUCAUGGUGAGGCAAAGCCUGUAGAG